AUGGCCCGCCAAAGCUAUGCGGUGCCUUACGUGGAAAUCUCUCAACAGUUGAGAGAGCGGCUUCCAUGGUCUUCUCUGGCUUUUCUAGCAGCUCUUGCAAUCCUCAGCGCCGUGAUUGUGGCGACGCGCACUUCGCAGCCAACAUGUGUGAAAGACCAGAAGUUUUGGCAUCUCAUGCUUGUGGCAAACCUGAUGGUGUGCUUCGUCACGAUGGUCCUCAACGGCGCCCCUGUCGAGAUGACACUGCUUGCCGCCGGAGCAGUGGCAUGCUUCGCCGACGUCCUCCAACCAGCUGCCUUGUUUCAAGGAUGUGCAUCAGACGCGGUAGUCACACUAGCAUUGCUGUUUCCGAUCAUGAAGGCUAUGGGUGACACGGGCGUGCCUGAGACGCUGAUUGGCUAUGUGUUGGGCAACCUGAAGGGAACGCGUGCACUGCUGUUUGGCAUGUUCACAUCCGUGGCAUUCCUCUCGGGAUUAUUCAACAACACCCCGAUAGUGGUCAUGAUGAUACCUGUCCUGCAGUCUCUGUGUCAGCGUCGUGGACUGGCCCCACGAGCCUUGCUGAUGCCUCUAAGCUUUGCUGCGCAAGCUGGAGGAAGUCUGACUCUGAUGGGCAGUUCGAUCAACUUCGUGGCACAAGAAGUUUUUGCAAGCAAAGGGUAUCACAUCACGUUUUUUACGCUGUCACUCGGUGGCGUCAUCAUUGUAUGUUUUGGUGCAGUGUACUGCUCCGUGCUGGGACCCCGCCUCCUUGCAAAUUCCUCGCGCCACUCACCCAGUGCAGAGCCAGCGGUCAGGAAGGGUUCUGCCAAGGAACACUUUACAUUAUUUCUUCGAGUUCAAGGUGCUAGCCCUUUGGUUGGCAUCUGCGUGAGGGAUGUUGGUUUGCACCGCAUCCCGGGAGUGCAGGCAGUGUUGGCACUGCACAGAGACCUCGAGGAGACCGGCACAUCCUCCUACACACACGGCACUUCGUCAACUGUUGAAAUGCAGCAGCUCUCCGAGGUGCAACUCCAGAACACGGCUUCACCCAAUCGCUUCGAAUACCGAGGAUGGGAUCAGCUGGCAGAUCUCAAUCUUCAGGAUGGAGAUUUAUUGCAGAUUUCUUGCAGCGCUGCUGGUGCAGCUUGUGUGAGACGGGUGAAAGGCUUGGAGCUCAGCAAUGAGGAUGAAGUUCAGCGUUUGGGAGCCCAGAGACGAAGUAGGUCCCUUUGCGAAGCAGCAGUCCAUGAAAACAUGGUUGGCACUAGCGUGGAUGUGUCGUGGUGGAGGAAGGAGCUGCGAUGCGCAAUACUUUCUGCCAAGGGUGGCCGCAACAGGGACCAUCCACCAAACUUUCAGAACUACACGUUGCAAGUUGGGGACGUGCUGCUUGUGGAAGCAUUUCGAGACAUGGUUGGAUCUGACAUUUGGCUUCAGCAUUUUGGAGUUGUGCGGGUUGAGCCGAACUCCGCUCCACCACGGUUUGGACAGAAAGCGGACUUAUUGCGAGCGGUCUUCAUUGUCAUUGGCUUGAUUGUCUUGAUCUCGCUGGCUUCCUUAGGCUACAAGAAAUUGACUAUGCCCCUUAUGUCUGUGAUUUUCUUGUGUGGCAUCAUUGCAGUAAAAGGUCUAAAGAUGGAGGAAGCCUAUGGCGAAGUCAAUGGGCAGGUGUUGCUGACGAUCGUCGGGGCGCUAGUUCUUGGCAAAGCAAUGGAGGCGUCGUGUUUAGCGAGUUGCGCCGGCCAAUUUGUGGUUUUUAUUGCUAGGCCGCUUGGAAGUACAGCUGUUUGUGCUGGCGUCUAUUGCGUCACAAUAGCAUUGGGCCAGUUCUUGAACAGCGCGGCAAAUGUCGCGAUAAUGGGACAAGUUGCAUUAUCAGUUGCAGAGGAGAUGCAGAUUCCAGUCGGUGAAAUUGCCAUGGUUGUCACAUACGCCGCAUCUGCCUGCUACAUGGCACCAUAUGGGUACCAAACAAACACGCUCGUGAUGAUGGCUGGAGACUAUGACUGGGGUGAGUUCAUAAAGUUUGGAGGCUUCAUGCAGCUUCUGCACAUGUGUGUUGUUCUGAGCAUUGCCUCAUGGUGUGCAAAGGUCUCACCGGUGAAGAGCACCGGGAUCGAAUUGCCAGCUCCAAACGGGACUACCUCACCUGCCACAUCCUUGUGUUCUCUCGCACAAGGGAACGGAGACAAAGCAUCUUCAGUGGUAGACCUCAAGGGUAGCACCACGGGCGGCGCUCUGCGGAAAAUGAAGAGCUUGGACGAGUUGACCAAAGAAAGAAAACCCGUUCAAAAGGAUUUCUUGAAGAAAGGAAAAGGCAAGGGGAAGCUCAAGGGCAAAGGCAAAGGCAAGACAAAGAAGCCCAGCGGCCCGCAUCUUCCGCGCACCAGGGUGUCUACUGAGCCUCUUAGAGGUGAGGUGUUAGAGUGGAAGUCCAAGUUCGGUUGGAUCAAGGCCUCCACCAGCAUUGAUCACCCCUUGGCGGAGAAGCGCCAAGGGAAAAUUUACAUCAAUGUGCCGUGCACAGCUGGUGGCAGCACUUGCAAGCCUUCUUGA